UUGCAACGGGAAGGAGGAGGGGAUUAAGCGCGGCUGCUAGCGAACGGGAAAACCCAGAGAGAGCAGAGGAAGCAGAAGGGGGAGGAGGAGACGGCGGCGAGGAACACAGCCUGCAUGACCUGCCAGCAGCAACAAGGAGGAACCUCCGGGAUCUCCGCGUCAGCAGCGACAGCUCUAGCUAUGUGCAUACAUAGGAGGGCGUACGUGUGUCUGCGUUAGAGGGAUGGGCCUCUGCAGGGGGGCGUGCGACAGGCAUCUUGGCUGGCAGCUGCACUUGCUUCGUUUGCAGAUUAACUGACCCCAUUGGCAUGUUUAUGGAGCUGCUUUUGGUCUGUUCUCCAUUUUUGGAAACUCCCUUAUGACUGGAUGAGAAUGCCUCGAACAAAACAAAUCAAUCCUAGAAAUCUGAGAGAAAAAAUUGAAGAAGCUCAAAAAGAACUUAAUGAAACUGAAGACCCACAGAAAGAAAUCUCUGAGGCUGUUACAAGAGGGAGCACAGACGCAGUUAAAGGUGUGAAGCGUAAAAAGAUUGUAACUGAGAAUCACCUGACAAAAAUACCAAAAUCACCUUUGAGAACACCCACUCGGUCAAAACCUAGAGAAAAAGUAGAAGAACCUUCUUCAUUGUCUAAUAUUCUUCCUGAUACUUCAGAGCUCCUAAAAGAAGUGCACAGUUUGUCUACACAGAAUGGGAAACAAAACAAACGAAAUGAGGGGAUGCUUAGCAGCGAGGUAGCUUUUAAAACAUCCAGAUCUGAGACUUCAUUUCACCCCAAGUUGUCGCUGUUACCUCAGUCCUCGGACUUGAAUAAAUGGCCAGUAGAAGACCACAGUUCAGCCCAAUUAAAUUUACCAGUGAAGAAGGUUUCCACUAGCUCAAGUACAGCCACGGCUGACAGUAAUGAAUGUAUUACUUUUGUUGAUUGUAGUCAUUCAUCCUCAUGUACAAAUACUGCAUUCGAUGUCUUACUGAAAGCUAUGGAGCCUGAGCUGAACACCUUAGCACAAGAGUGCCCUUCCAGUGGGAUGCAAAUAGAAAAACUGAGACCAAAUAAAACUGUAAGCGCCUCUUCUUGUCUCACAUCCAAUACAUUGAGUGUCCAAAGUCAUGCUGUGCAGCCAGAAUUUGUAGCUGGAUCUCAAUUUUUUCCUUGCACAUCACAGACUGUGCAUGUAGCAACAUCAGGGAAGAGUGAACAAGCACAGAUGCCCUCAGCUGAUAACUCACAAGAACAAGUUCUUGCUAAAGCUGGGGGAAAAAAUCAACAAAUUACUCCGUGCCCUAGCUACCCUAAUUCUCUGGUACAACAGCAGAACCAGGAAAAUCUCAAACUCCAACAUAUAUACAGCAUAGCAGUAACCUCUCCAAUAAUCAGCCCCCAGCCUUCUGUUACUCAGGCUUUUUCUCAAAACCAGCUAGUAGCAAAAUCUUCUCCUUUGUCAGUUCAUCCGUCUAGCUCUACCACCCAAUUACCUAUACCUCCCUUGUACAACUCAGCCCAGAUAGCUUCAGUUGUCAGUCAUGGUGUAGAACAAAUAUGUAACCUUCUAAAAGUCCAGAAGCCUAAAAAACUAGGGAAAUAUGUCUGUGAGUAUUGUAAUAGGGCUUGUGCCAAGCCCAGUGUUCUCCUAAAGCACAUUCGCUCCCACACAGGAGAACGACCAUAUCCUUGUGAGACUUGUGGAUUUUCAUUUAAGACCAAAAGCAAUCUGUAUAAGCACAAAAAAUCCCAUGCUCAUGCCAUCAAACUUGGGCUUGUCCUUCAGCCAGAUUCUAGUGGGUUUCUUUCCCAUGAAUCUGACAAAGCACUUAGCAUCCAUUCAGAUGUGGAAGAAAGUGGUGACAGUGAUGAUGAUGGCACAGCUGAUGAAAGACAAGAUGACCAAGGAUCAUUAGAAGCAGAACCUGCACAUGUAGUGAAAGUCCCAUUCAAUUCUGAUUCACUGCACAAAAGUACGCCAAUCUCACUAAGCAAUCCAGAAUAUACACUGGGUGACUCCUCAUUUCAGGACUCACCUACACAAGCAAGGACACCUUUACCUAAAGUGACAGUUUGCCCCGUAAAUGUUUCUCCUUUAAGAUCAGAUAGCCCCAGAGUAGCAGACCUCACCUCUACACUUUUAGCAACUCAACAACCAGGGGACUUGAAAGUAACAGAUGUGAAACCAAAUUUAACACAUAUGCUGGUAAAGGAGUCUGAUGCUGAUCAGCAUCAGAAAACAGAAACAAACAUUUCUGAGGAACAGCUUGGGGCCCCUGCAGGGACAGCGAUACAUGCUCAGCUGCAAAGACAGCAGGCAACAGAUUGUUCUCAGGAUCAGCAAGUAAAAUGUCUCCUGAGCCCCAGAAGUUUAGGUAGUACUGAUUCGGGCUACUUUUCACGUUCAGAAAGUGCAGAUCAGACAAUGAGUCCACCAGCACCUUUUAUGAAAGGACUGCCCAUUUCUGAAAAAGAUCCAAGUAAAAGUUGCAUGCAACGAAUGAGCACCACUGUGGCAUCUGUUGUACAAACCAUUUGUGCUGACAAGACCUUGCUAUCAUCUGGACAAAUGAGGCCACCUUUGGCCACAAAAACACUUGAAGAACAUAUUUCAAAGUUAAUAUCUGAUAAUGAGGCUGUAGUGGAUGACAAACAGUUGGAUAGUGUGAAGCCACGGAGAACAUCCCUUUCAAGAAGAGGCAGUAUUGAUUCUCCAAAGUCCUACAUUUUUAAAGACUCGUUUCAGUUUGACCUAAAACCAAUGGGUAGAAGAACUAGCUCAAGCUCUGAUAUACCAAAGUCUCCUUUUACACCAACUGAGAAGUCAAAGCAAGUUUUUCUGCUGUCCGUACCAACUCUUGAUUGUUUGCCUAUAACCAGAAGUAAUUCUAUGCCUACUACCAGUUAUUCAGCUGUACCUACAAAUGUAAUACCUCCCCCUCACCCACUACGUGGAAGCCAGUCUUUUGAUGAUAAAAUUGGCUCCUUGUAUGAUGAUGUCUUUGUGCCAGCACCUGCUACUCCACAGCUUCAAGGUGGACACCCUCGCACCCUUGUUCGACAAGCAGCAAUAGAAGAUUCUUCAGUCAGUGAAGGGCAUACUUUUGGACAAGCACGAUCUGUCGAUGAAAGUUAUGGAUGCAACACAUCAAAUGAAUUUUUAAUGGCAAGAAGCAAGUCACUUGUACAAGGAUCAACUUUCGAUAAAAUUAAAAAGUCACACCAAGGCCGAGGGACAAUGUUUGAGUGUGAGACCUGCAGAAAUAGAUACAGAAAACUGGAAAACUUUGAGAACCAUAAAAAGUUUUAUUGUUCAGAGUUGCACGGACCAAAAACCAAGGCAGCUAUACGAGACUCUGACCACAAGACAGUCUUGAACAGUACACAACCCCAAAUUCUUCACUAUCGAGUUGCCACUUCAACUGGUGUCUGGGAGCAGACACCUCAGAUAAGAAAAAGGAGGAAAAUGAAAAGUGUUGGAGAUGAUGAUGAUGAACCGCAGACAAAUGAUACUAGCAGUAGUUUGUCAAAGAGCAUAGCAGGUGUGUCAGAGUGUCAAAACAAACCAGGAAACACAGUCAGUGUCUCUAAACAUACUGCUGCAAUCAUCGGUUCACACAGCAUUUCACUUCAGAAACUGACACAAGAAGAGCUGGAGACUCAUGGCACAGAACAGACUAUGGGGUCAAAGGUGAUGUUGCAUGGGGAGAAGCAGACUGUUCCAGGUGCAUCAGAAAAAAAUGAACUGAAAAGACAAGGGGCUGGGAUUUCAGUAAUACAGCACACAAACUCCUUAAGCAGGCCUAGUUCAUUUGAAAAAUCAGAUUCUUUUGAAAGAGUAUCGCCAAUUUCCCUCCAGGACGCUAACAAAGCUGUGAAGCUCCAUUCCUUGAAUACUAUUAUAGCUCAAGAAGAGAAGCAUUCCCUCCUGAGUGUCUCCCACUGUGCUCAAGUAGCGGAAGCUUCAAGAGUUCAGCUUCACGAACAUCAAGGCACUCCUAAUGAAAGAAAUGCACCAGUUCAACCACUAAGACUUGUUCGCCAACAUAACAUCCAGGUUCCUGAAAUACUGGUAACAGAAGAGCCAGAAAGAGAUCAGGAAAGCCAAUGCAGCGAUCAGGAGAAGACAGAAAAAUUUAACUGGCCCCAGCGUAGUGAAACUCUGUCAAAGCUACCCACAGAAAAACUUCCACCAAAAAAAAAGAGAAUUCGCUUGGCUGAAAUAGAGCACUCUUCUGCUGAGUCAAGCUUUGAAUCUACACUUUCCAGAAGUCUGAGUCGGGAGAGUAGCUUGUCACGUGCAUCUAGUUUCUCGGCUUCUUUCGAUAAAGAUGAUGUGUCUAAGAAUGAGAUUACUUCGAAAGCAGAACCUGCAAAUAAAUCCCUGGAAUUUCUUACAAUUCCUACAAGUUCAAAUACACUUAGUGUGCCUGGUCCUCAUUACAGAGAAAUGCGACGUGCUGCUUCUGAACAAAUUAACUGUACCCAGCCUUCCAUGGAAGUUGCCGAUCACAGAAGCAAGUCCUUUGACUGUGGAAGUGCAGUUCCAUGCAAGCCUGCCUCACUUCUAGAGAUAUCUACUUCCAAACUGGCUUCUGGUAGUGGUGGUAUUGGGCAUGUACCUCUGUUAGAAAGGAGGAGGGGUCCCCUUGUAAGGCAAAUAUCUUUAAAUAUUGCUCCAGAAAAGAAUCAGCCUGAUGUCAUGUCAAGUUCUUCUUUUCAAACGGAUUCUGCAGAUAUUUCUACAGUGUCCUUUCAGAGGUUGCAGGGCUCUGGGAAACCACCUGAGGAAUUUCAUUCAAGUUCUCUGCAUCCCCAGACUUAUGCCAAGCCUUUGUGUGAGUCUCAGUCAGUGAAAAGCAACAACUCUCUUAACUUGACUUCCGGUGAACAGUCUUUAGGCUCUAGUAUGCAUCAUCACGGUCAGCAAAUUUCACUCAAUCAGUAUUCCCAAGCAACUUUUAAGGGACCAGCACUUGGAACUCAGAAAAGCAUGAGCACCGUUGCUGGUCAGCAUAGUAUGCAAGAGGAUUGUUUUGCUCCCAAAUAUCAGCUUCAAGUUAAAACACUGCACAUAGGACAGCAAUAUCCUCUAGGUCUUCCAGGCUCAGCCAGCACAGAACAGACUGGAGCUUCAUUAGAAAUACAAACUAAAGUAAAUGACAAAAUGUCCGAGCCAUAUGUGGCACAACCCUUGCAACAAACUGUUCCUGAUAAUUGUAGUAGUCAAAUGUAUCAGGUUGCACCCUUUGUCCCUGUGCGCAUUCACAGUAAUAUCCCAUCAUAUGGCUUGGCUGCUGUUGCACCCCUUCCUCAAAUUUUAGUGACACGGAAUCAGGUAAACCAGUCCCUCUGUAAAAUAAAUACUGCAUCAGUACCAACAGUCAAAGAUCAAACUCAGCUGCCAAAAUCCCACAAAGAUCAUCUGAGAUGUUUGACAAGUUCACAGCCAGCAUCUAUGUUUGAAAAUUUGAUUUACGAGUCAGAAAGCAGAAAUUCAGCUUCAUUAGGGUCCUUAAAUAUGAUUCAGAAAGUGCCAAUUGGUGGACUUUUCCCUCAACAGGAAGCCACAGCCUCAAGUAAGCGGAUGCUGUCUCCAGCCAAUAGUUUAGACAUUGCCAUGGAAAAACACCAGAAGCGUGUUAAAGAUGAAAGUGGAGCUGCUUGCACUACAGGUGCUGUGUCAUUGCAUCCAUUGAUCAUAAAAGCUAGUGAACCUAAUAAGCAGAAAAAGCCACUGCUAGUGCGGCAGAUUUGCACAAUUGAGACCCUUGAAAAUUUCUCAUUAGAUCAAGAUGAAAAAAGCACUGGCGCUGGUAAUUCAUUGCUGCCCAGUUCAGCUGAAUCUGCUCAGUCUGGGGUUUCUUCAUUCAUAAAGGAACCUUUAGAGUACGACAACCUAUCAAUUUCUGAAAGUGGAAGGUUAGCAGUCAGAAAGCCACUUGAAUCUACUCCACUGAAUGUUCAGGCUGCAUUUCUGAAGGUUCUGAAUAACAGUCAAAAGAGAAUGUCUCCAGGAGUUAAUAAUGACAGUAAGCAACCCAGUGUCCCGAGCCAAGCAAAAUCUGGAUCCACUUUGUCCAUCGUAAAUGCAGGCGAUAUACAACUAUUAUCUUUUCCAAGCCUGAAGACUACAACAAACUUUACAUGGUGUUACUUGUUAAAAAGAAAACCUGUACAUCUGUUGCAAAAUGACCAAAAGACUUCAGCUUAUUCUUCUUGGUCUAUCAGCCCCAACAAUCCUAAUCCACUUGGUUUGCCGACAAAGCUUGCUCUUUCCCUUCUGAAUUCAAACCAGAAAGCUGGAAAAUCAUCUUACACUCAAGCAAUAAGUACUAACUUUAGAUCUGACAUUCUGGUCUACUCAAGCAAGUGGAAGAACAACUUACUUAAGCGGGCAUUAGUUAAACAAAAGGCAGCAAGGGAAUUCAGCAAUAAAGAAAACUCUGAAAUAAGCACUGAUCAAGAUAAUGAGAAUUCCUUAGCCAAAAGUGAGCCAAGAAGAGUUAAAAUAUUUGAUGGAGGGUACAAAUCAAAUGAAGAAUAUGUCUAUGUUCGUGGAAGAGGAAGAGGAAAAUACAUAUGUGAAGAGUGCGGAAUACGUUGUAAAAAGCCCAGUAUGUUGAAGAAACAUAUUCGCACACACACAGACGUCCGUCCUUAUCACUGCAACUAUUGCAAUUUUUCCUUCAAGACUAAAGGCAACUUGACAAAACAUAUGAAGUCCAAGGCGCAUAGCAAAAAGUGCAUGGAUCUGGGAGUCUCAGUGGGACUAAUAGAUGAUCAGGAUGUAGAAGAAUACGGUAAAGGUGAAAAGCAGCAGCUGGGUUAUGAUCGGUCUGGAUUUGAUGCAGAGGAUUCAGAGGGGCCAGAUGAGGAUGACAAUGAUAAUGAAGACGAUGACGAAGACAGCCAAGCUGAAUCAGUUAUAUCUGCCACUCCCUCAGUUUCAGCCAGUCCGCAACAUCAUCCAUCUAGAAACAUUUCUCAGGAGAUCUCAAGUGCUGAUGAAGAAAUCAGAAUUGCAGAUUGUUUUGGUGGGGUUCACACAGACUCUAUGGAUGGGCUGCCAAAAGCACUUCUCACAAAGAUGACGGUACUUAGUACGGUGCAGUCAGACUGCAGGAGCUCAGGGCCACUAGUUGCAGCUGUUCUGAGAGAAGCAAAUGAAGGAAAUGGACAAGACAGAGCUACAAGCACAGAUCCUACCAUCUCCUCUGAGACUAUUCCCAGGUCUCCAUGCCAUCAGAUGUAUGUAGACUGCCCAGAAGAAGCAUUCAGAAGUUCUACUGCUCCUGUUAUUACUACAGCAACUUCAAAGAGCACAACUUCUACAAGACUUCCUUCUCCACCCGUUGACCAGAGUACACAAACUACAAUGGUGGUUCCUUCACUGGCCUCACCUUUUCCAGAAAUGCAAAAGCAUGAGGAACAUCAGCAACAGCUCAUGAAAUCAGCCACUUCUCAGACUCACCUGUUCAGCCACCUCCCUUUGCAUUCACAGCAACAAACCAAGACCCCAUAUGGGAUGAUUCCGGUGGGGGGAAUCCAUGUGGUACCUGCUGGCUUGGCCACGUACUCUACUUUUCUGCCCAUUCAGGCUGGGCCAGUACAACUCACUAUUCCUGCUGUUAGUGUGAUCCACAGAACUACAAAUGCACUUGGCGAUCCAGCCUGUGCAGUGUCAGACACUGCAAAUCAUCUCAGUGUUGCUGAAGUGAACAGUGUUGUCCCUUGUAUCCCAAUAGGCCAGAUCAAUGUACCAGGUAUCCAGAGCCUGAGUGCACCAACCCUGCAGCCCCUUCCAUCCCUGAGCAUGGAGACGGUGAACAUCUUAGGUCUGACAAACACCCACAUCACUCCGCAAAUACAUCCUUCAGGAUUAACUCUAAAUGCCGUAGGGCUACAAGUGUUGACUACAAACCCUUCCCCUCAGAGCAAAUCUAGCCCUCAGACGCACAUUCCAGGUCUGCAAAUAUUAAACAUAGCACUGCCAACUUUAAUCCCUUCAGUCAGCCCUGGGACUGCAGAUGGGCACAGCAUUCCUGAAACACCAGCUUCCAGCAACAAGGCCUGCAAAAUCCAUCCAGAUCAGGAUCCUCUGAGUGUUGCUGAUGAUGAUUCUGCUCUGACCACCAGUGCUAAAUCCUCUCAGGUGAUACCUGCCGACCAGCAGUACAGCAGUGAAAAUCUGUUGGAGUCUGAUCCUUCACGCAAGUACCGAUGGCACAAUAGCCUGAGUAAGCUGGACACUGAAAAGCCUGACUCAAAGAGUCAUACAAAACCAAAGUGCAAUAGCAAUUCUGUUCAGGUUGAACAGGCUUCUGCAUCAGAGCCUCCUAUGAAGGUGAAUUCUGACGUUGUAUCCAAUUGCCCCACACAUCGGACUGUCUCUCUAGAUAGACAAGAAUAUCGGCGAAAAGGGUUGCCCGAGAGGCAGAAUACUGUGGAGUUUAGCGAUGGCAGCAGUGAUGAUGAAGACAGACUUGUAAUAGAAACCUAGGGUUUUUUAGUUUUACAUUGGGUUGUGUGUGUGUGCGUGUGUGCGUUUGUUCUUGUUUUUUUAAAGACUUACAGGUUUCCUUGCAAACCUCCCUUUUACUUAAAAAGCACAUUUUUUUCUGACACAAACUCAUUACUAAUCUUUGUGCAAUCAUGAACUUUUGACCAAUAAUUGUUGUUUUUUGUCAGCUCCAGCCAUUUUUUUUGUACAUGUUGUAUAGACAAUUGUGCCUUUUUUUGGAAUUUUAUGUUUAGAAAACUGUACAGAUUGUCAAAAUUAUAUAUAUAUUAUAUGUAUAUUAAAACCAAGUAGUUACUUGUGUUUCAUAAGUAAAACAAAAAUUUAAAAUCUUAUGUCGAAUGAAAUAAAUGAUUAAAUUAUGUUGCACUGUUUAAUGUAAAUUUUUAUGGCUGUGGGGCAAAGUUUGUGUGUACAGGUUGAGUAUGUACAACUCCAUAUUUAUUGUAUCCAUAUUCAUCUUGGGGGGGAAAGGGUCUGUCCAUCUUUCUUGUGUAUGACUUUAGCUUUACACUUAAAACAAAAUCCCGUAU